AUCCUUGGGCAAAACCUAGGAGGCAGUGGAAAAGCCAAAAAUGCAGGGCUCUGGCUGCUUCCUAGUUUUCUUUCUUUUCUUUUCUUCAUUCUCUUCCUUCUCCUCUGCUCUAACCAAUGCCGAAGCGUCCUCUAUUGCACGUAGACAGCUGUUAGCCCUCCCUGAAGGCGGUGACCUUCCUGAUCAUUAUGAAUUUGAGGUUGAGUUGAACCUGAACUUUCCCAACACCAGGCUUAGACGUGCAUACAUUGCACUUCAAGCAUGGAAAAAGGCCAUAUACUCAGACCCUCUUAAAACAACAGAGAACUGGGUUGGUGCUAAUGUCUGCUCUUAUACCGGAGUGUUCUGUGCAAAAGCUCUUGAUGACCCAGAAUUAGAGGUUGUGGCUGGCAUUGAUCUCAACCAUGCCGACAUUGCAGGAUACCUUCCUGUUGAAUUAGGCCUGUUGACAGACAUCGCCUUGUUCCACAUAAACUCCAACAGGUUCUGUGGUAUCAUCCCCAAGAGCUUCUCUAGGCUAACUCUUCUCCAUGAGUUCGAUGUUAGCAACAACCGGUUCGUGGGAUCGUUCCCAGAAGUUGUCCUGCAUAUUCCAAACCUCAAGUAUCUUGACCUCAGGUUUAAUAAUUUUGAGGGGAAAUUGCCUCCUGAGCUCUUCAACAAGAAAUUGGAUGGCCUGUUCUUGAACGACAACAGGUUCACAUCCACCAUUCCUGACACGCUUGGUAACUCCCCUGUCUCAGUUCUUGUGGUCGCCAACAAUGAUCUUGAGGGCUGCAUCCCUAACAGCAUUGGAAAGAUGGUAAACACUUUGAACGAGAUCAUCUUGUCCAACAACAAGUUUGCUGGGUGUUUGCCUCCUGAAAUCGGAUAUCUCUCAAAGGUGACUGUGUUUGAUAUUAGUUCAAACACAUUCAGUGGGAUCUUGUCCAAAACUUUCAAAGGCCUAGAGAAGUUGGAAGAGGUGGAUAUUUCACACAACAUGCUAACUGGGUUUGUUCCCGAGAGUAUAUGCACAUUGCCAAACUUAGUGAACUUCACGUUCUCUUAUAAUUUCUUCAAUGGUGAGACCCAAGAAUGUGUACCGUCUUCUCGGAAGAACGUUGUGUUUGAUGACAUAAGCAACUGCUUACCAGAUAGGCCUCAACAAAAGUCAGCAAAAGAAUGUCAAGUUGUGGUUAGCAAACCAGUGGAUUGCGGUAAGGCAAAGUGUGGAGGUGGACAAGGAGGUGGACAAGGACCAUCAAAACCAUCUCAGCCUCCAGUUGAGAAGCCAAGGACACCAAAGCCAGAACAACCUAAACAACAACCUCCUCCACAACCUAAGCAACAACCACCAAAACCAUCACCGGAAUCGGUUCCAACACCUUCUACACCCAAACCACAACCCCCUAAAGAAGAACCUCCCAAGGAGGAACAACCCCCCAAAGAGGAGCCACCAAAGGAACAACCUCCAAAAGAGGAGCCACCCAAGGAACAACCUCCCAAGGAGGAGCCACCCAAGGAACAACCUCCCAAGGAGGAGCCACCAAAAGAACAACCACCCAAGGAGGAGCCACCAAAGGAAGAGCCACCAAAGGAGGAACCACCCAAGGAGGAGCCACCAAAGGAAGAACCACCUAAAGAGCAGCCACCAAAGGAAGAACCUCACAAAGAGCAGCCACCAAAAGAAGAACCACCCAAGGAGGAGCCACCAAAGGAAGAACCACCCAAGGAGGAGCCACCAAAGGAAGAACAACCCAAGGAGGAGCCACCAAAAGAAGAACCUCCCAAAGAGCAACCACCAAAGGAAGAACCUCCUAAGGAGCAGCCACCAAAAGAAGAACCACCCAAGGAGGAGCCACCAAAGGAAGAACCUCCCAAGGAGGAACCACCAAAGGAAGAACCACCUAAGGAGGAGCCACCAAAAGAAGAACCUCCCAAAGAGGAGCCACCAAAGGAAGAAACUCCCAAGGAGGAGCCACCCAAAGAACAGCCUCCUAAGGAGGAAACACCAAAAGAAGAACCUCCCAAAGAGGAGCCACCAAAGGAAGAAUCUCCCAAGGAGGAGCCACCCAAAGAACAGCCUCCUAAGGAGGAAACACCCAAAGAACAGCCUCCUAAGGAGGAGCCACCCAAGGAGCAACCUCCCAAAGAAGAGCCACCAAAGGAAGCACCUUCCAAAGAGGAGCCACCUAAAGAACAGCCUCCUAAAGAGGAACCACCCAAAGAAACUCUCACACCGGAACCAUCUCCAGAACCAGUUGCUAGCCCCCCUGAAAUAGUUGAAGAAGGACCACCACCACCUGAGCCUACCACUACAAGUCCUAGGGUUCCAGUUCAUCCUCCCCCUCCAGCACCUGAACAAACUUUUGUCCUGGUUUUAGAGAAUUCAGGGCAAUUUGAUGAUUGA